UACAUUCACCGGAAUGCAACUGCCGUGAUUGUCCCAGCUGAAGCGACCGGCACUAAUUCGUUUAUAAAGAGUUCUUUGCAACUUUCAUUUCUCAAACCUGCUCUCUUUCAAGCGUUCUUGCGUUCUUCCUGGCUCGUUGAACGGUCCUUCCUUGUCUUUCUUUUCGACCAGGUGUCGGUUUAUCUCGUUCAUCGCCGACUCGCCCCACAGUGCAGCCACUCUCUUUUUGCUUUAUUUGAAAACUUUUCCAGUCUGUCUACUCAGAAUGUUUUCUAAAUCCCACUUGUCAGCCUUCCUCUCUGCUCUUGUUUUCUCCGACGCUGCUCUCGGACGGUACCAAUGGUUGGAACGCGAUGGUCGCCAUGUCGCUCUCUAUCCUCGUCGAUUCGCUCAGGAACAUCCAGCGGUGAUUGACAAGUUGUCGGCAGCAUGUUCUGGAGGAAUUUGCGCUACGCUCGCUGGUCAGGCUAUUACGCCGCUCCUGGCAGCCCAGCCUGAGUGCUCUCAGCAAGACAUGGCUGAUACUAUCAUUGACACUGCUCAGCAGUUUGAUGAUACUACAAAGGCUCUUAUGAUUGAAUUAGCCAAGGAGUACAGACAGGCUGAGAAGAACACCCCUCCUGACUUUACUACCAACCCCCCUACCAAUCGUAACUCCGUGUUCUGCCAGAAAGCUCCCAAGAAUGCUGAGCUUAACGGCCUGGUCCAAGCACAGGAUCCCGCGAACGACCCGGACCUUUUCUUCGAUCCUGCAACUCAGCAGACUGUGAAGAACGGAUCCCAAGCCAAUACAUUCCCGUUCGGGUCGAGCGGAUCAUCGUCUCCUGGUGAUGCUGCUUCAUCUACUGUUGUCUCGUCCACCAUUGCCUCGUCCGCUGCUGCUUCGUCUGUAGUGGUUUCUACUGUAUCUGCAUCUGCCUCCGCCUCUUCGGUCGUGAUAACGUCAGCCCCUGGCGAAACUUUCAUUGCAGAACCAACCGCAUCCUCUGACCCCUGCGUGCCACAGGUUACAGUCACCGUCACUGCUAGCGCAACUUUCUCUGCCUCUAGCGGAGCUAUUACCGUUACAGCAGGUGACGCAGCUAGCACUACUGCUGCCGCUCCCUCAGCAUCGUCUACGGCUGCUGUUGGGGACAUUGGCGAUUUCGGCAGCUGCAGCGUUCCUCGGAUAGAGUUCGGUGUUGGCUUCGAUAACAGGAAGGAGACAAGCUUCGAACCUAGUGACAAGACCUCCUACGAUCACGGUUCCGCACAGAACGUCGACAUCAUCGCUCAGUUUAUUUGCGACACCCUCGUCAACAAGUGUGGUGCUGAUCAAACUGCGAAAGAUACUUGCGCCAAGGCACAGGCUGCCGCGGACACAGUUACUGCAAAGACCGGUGGUCAAGCUGAUGCUUUCAAUGCGGUCUUCGGCAUUGACACCGACUUCGCGGACGUUGCAUCUGUCGACGAUCAAGGCAGAGUCGUUGCUGGCACUGGCAAUGGUAACAAUGCUGUAGCCUCCGCUUCUGCUGCGUCAACUACCGCCGCCGCAGCGUCGCCUACCUCGUCUGCUGCCUCCGGAUCCACUGGUACUUCAAGCGCUAUUGGUAACUUCGGCACAUGCAGCGUACCUAAGAUCGAGUUUGCCGCUGGUUUCGAUAACAGGAAGGAGACAAGCUUCCAACCUGCUGACAAGACUUCCUUCAACCAUGGCUCCGCCCAGAACAUUGACAUCAUCACGCAAUUCAUCUGUGACACUCUUACCAACUCUUGCGCCGCUGAUCAGACUGCCAAGGAUACGUGCCAAAAGGCCAGAGCUGCUGCUGACACGGAAACCGCGAAGACCGGUGCUCAAGCUGAUGCCUUCAAUGAAGUCUUUGGUGUUCAAACUGACUUUGCGUCUGUUGAUGUCAUUGACGACCAAGGUAACGUUGUUUCGGCCGCCGGAGGAGCUGUUUCUGCGACUCAAACUGCUGCUGGUGCCCCUUCAAGCAGCAAAGUAGCAGCAACGGCUACGUCAACAUCAGCUGCUGCGCCUACAGCUACUUCGCAAGCUGCUGCUGCCACCAGUGAUAACCUUCAGACCUUCACUAGUGCUCUUGGAGGCGUAAAAGCCCCCGUUGUUACCGACCUCGGUGGUGGCAAGUUCCAAGUUGAAGGGAACUCCCAAUUCAAUAACCUCGCCAACGCUUUGACUCGUUCAUGCGACGUUCAACACAAUCAAUGUGCUAACGCCGCCAAUGCGUCAGGCAACAAGGGCGAUUUGACGGUUGCUGCUUGCGGUGACCAACAAACACAAUGCAACGCUGCUCACUAGAUGGGUUUGCGUUUCUUUCUGGUAGACAUUUAAGUACUUUGCUGUAUUUCUAGUCCAUUAUUUCUCUAAAGCAAAUAGCAUACGCCGAGCGCAGGUUCAUGCUCAUGACAUGGUGUGUUACAAGAAAACGUUGGAGUAUA